AUGAAAUCGUUUCUUCUCGCUGUUACCCUGCUAGGUUUGGCAGCGGCCGGUCCUGCCGAAGAUAUCUGGCUGAAAGCGAACAGCUUCAGACCCCGAGGCUAUGUCCCGAGGGCCCCCAGCUCUGGAUUUGUGGUCGGAGGCCUGGAUGCUGACAUUGCCGAUUAUCCUCAUCAACUGUCUCUGCGUCUGGACAAUAACCACAUGUGUGGCGCUUCGGUUAUUUCUAGCAACUGGGCCUUAUCCGCGGCCCACUGCACCUUUGCCUUCCCGGAUGUUCACGGAGGAACACUGCUUUCGCUAAAGGGAGGUUCCAGCAACCGAUUUGAGGGUGGUAUCGUUUUCACAGUCGAUCGAGUAGUCGAUCAUCCGGGAUGGGAGCUGGAAACCUUGCGAUUCGACAUUACCUGUAUUCAUACCGUGGAGAACAUGAUUCAAAGCAUCAUUCAACCGAUCGCUCUGGAUCCGAUUGGGGCUACCCAUGCCCACGGAAGCCGAGCCGUUUUGUCCGGUUGGGGUCGUAAUGAUGUGACCAACAACGUGCUGCCAACGAUUCUCCAAAGACUUGAUAAACCCAUCUUUGGACAAGCUGAAUGUAUCGCUCACUGGAGCAAUUUCCUUACAAUUACCGAUGAUAUGAUCUGUGCUGGUGGGGAGUUCGGACGCAGCGCCUGCAAUAGUGACAGUGGAGGUCCUCUGGUUACCGGAGGCCGACAGAUUGGAGUGGUUUCUUUCGGGGAGGUCGAAUGUGCCGGAGUUGGACCGGCUGGAUACGCCCGGAUUGCCUACCCUCCGAUUCGCAACUGGAUAACCGAGGUUACAGGAGUCUAA